UCAGUCAUCGCAUGGGCGUGGCCUGUGAGCUCCAGUUAGUUUCUGAGUGUCGGCGUGUUUUUCAGGAGAGACUGAAGAAAAGAAAGAAGAAAGAAAGAAGUGAAAUAUCCUCCAGUUUGUCUCACUGUGUCUGCGGGGACAGAGACAGGAGGAGAAGAAGAAGAAGAAGAAGAAGAAGAAGAAGAUAAACUCAAAGAAUCUUCAGUGACUUCAAACCUUCAGUCUGCAGACACACAGACAGACAGACAGACAGCUUGUUUAAAUCUAGUUGGUCUCACAGUGAGACACUCAGCAUCUGUCUGUCUGUCUCUGUUUUUUACCUGUCUGUCUCUCAGCCUGUCUCUCAGCCUGUCUGUCUCCUGCAGGACGGAGGAUGGCACCGGGGUGUGUCGCCGCCCUCAGCCGGACCCGCGGCUCCUCCGGCGGGCAGACAGAGCUCUGACAGCCCGCUGCAAAGCCGGACCCGGACCAAUAAACCCGGAUUAAAAAGUGGAUUCAGACCGAAACCGGAACAUCUGAGUUCGGAAUGCCCUCAGAACUGGCUGUAGGUGUGGUCUUCAGGGUUGUGCUGCCCUUAAGUUUGACUGCAGCCUGUGUGUUGCGGUAUAAUGGAUUCUCUUUGGUCUACGUCCUCCUUCUGUUGCUGCUGCCGCUGCUGUCUGACCCUUCCUCCUCCGCCACGUCCUCAGGUAACGCGUGUCGCUGUGUGACGGCUGUGUGUGUGUCCAGUUUCCUCUUCCUGUUACUGCAGUCCUUCUUCCAGCUAACCACCGCUACACUGCAGCCAGAGUCCAACUGUACAUCGUGGCAGAAGGCUCUUGGGCAGCUCGGUUUGGUGAGUCUGACAGGAAGUGAUGCUGGCUCUGCAGUGAGACAGGUGUUUCCAGAUGUUGGCGUGCUGGUUGUUGGUCUGCUGACCUGGAGGCUGAUAGUGAGACUCAACGCCAACAGACACACACAGCCUCAAGAGGACACACAGCAGCAGCAGGAGGAGGAGCAGGGGGAGGAGCUCAUGUUUGAGGAUGACUCUGUGCUCGGAGACGAGGAGGAGGAUGAAGGCAGCAGAAACAGGAUUCUUGUUGAACUGGAGUUACUGGUUUGUAAAACCAGACAAAUGGUGGGAGACAUGACAACGACUGGAGGGAAAGUCCUGCUGACUGUCCUACUGGGACUCACAGGCAUCAUGUUCCCCUCCCUCUCCUCGCUCCCCUACCUCCUCUGUUUCCAGGUGUUGUGUACCUGGUGGGCGUGGUCAGGUCAAGUCCCACCCCUUCUCUUCAGGUGCGUGUCUGUGAUGUCACUGCUGUACCCCCCCUUCCACUUCCUGCUCCUCUACUGCUACCAGCUGCCCUCGCUGCAGGAGGCGUGGCCUCCCAACCGCUCCUCUGCCAGUGUUUGUGGCCUGGUGUCGGUAGUCACGGUGGACUGCGCCGCCCCUUGGAGGCUGCAGGUGAACGCUGAGCUCAGCUGGUUUCACUUCAGCAGUCCUCUGAUGCUGCUGCUGCUCUACAACACUGUGGCUAGUCUGUGGAGGAACCAGUUGAUUAACGGUGAUGGGGGACGGGGCGUACAGAACGUGGAGUCAGCUAUCAGUGGGAGCUGUGACAUCACCACCGCCACCAGCAACCUGAGCGAUGAUGUCAGCGGUGACAUGACAGCGGAGAGACGGAGAGAGCUGUGGAGGAGAGCUCACAACCGUCCUGAGUGCAGAGACGUGGUGGUGUCAUCUGCCAACGACAGUCCCUCUGACUCUUUUGCCCCGCCCACCCAGAGCACAGCCCUUGGAUUGGAUGUUUACUCCACGCCUCACUACUCUCUCAGCCAAUCAGACACACUGGAGACAUGUGUGUUUGAAGGAGACGGCUGGGAGGAGGAGGAUGAAGAAGAGGUGAGGAGGAGGAACGAGGAGGGAGUCAGCGCCGCCUCCAUGGCGUUUAGUUUCCUUCUCAAACAGAGUUACAUCUGCGCCCUGAUCGCCAUGAUGGCCUGGCCCAUCACAUAUGUGUCCUGGCUGACAUGUGUCCUGCUGCUCUGGUCAUGUGUGCUCUGGAUGAUGCGAGAGCGUCGCCGGUACACGCUGAUGUCAUCACCCUGGCUAGUCGCCUAUGGUAACCUGCUGGUCAUCUUGCAGUACGUGUACAGCUUCCCCUCCAUCCAGGAAGUCCCCGGACUGUUCCCGAAAAAAGACGAACCCUGCACAGAGCUUGUAUCAAAGUUGUUGUGUCUGGUGACCUUCUGGCUGCUGUUGCGUCAGGCACUGACUGAGAAGAGAGACAGACAGGCAGACACACAGCUCUCUACCAUCACUGUCAACAUGGGAGAGGAGCAGAGUGUGGACGAGGCUCUGCAGGAGAAGAAGAAGGAGGUCUCGUACGAGGAGGUGCUGCUCCUCCAGAGAGGUGGUGGAGUUCAGAUGGAGGCUCUGGUUGCCGUGGUUACCAGGAUGUUUGUUAAAUACUGGAUCUACGUCUGCGGAACGAUGUUCUUCUUCGUUAGCUUCGAAGGAAAAAUCGUCCUCUACAAAGUCAUUUACAUGGUCAUGUUCCUGUGCUGUGUCGCCCUCUACCAGUUGAACUACGAACGUUGGCGUUCCUUGCUCAGGGGAUUCUGGGUAGCUGUGGUGGUUUACUCCAUGCUGGUUCUCAUCCUGAUCUACACUUUUCAGUUUCCCUCGUCCCCCCACACCUGGAGCUACUACACUGGACUAAGCACUCACAGGUUGGAGGAUGUUGGUUUGGAGAAGUUCUCAGUUCCCGUCCUCUUCACCAGGAUCUUCAUCCCUGCUGCGUUCCUCCUGGUGUGUAUCGUACACCUGCACUACUUCCACCAGCCCUUCCUGCAGCUGACCGACCUGAAGACGGUGGUGGACACACACAACAGCACCAUCACCAGGCUGGUCCACUCUGACGGCAGCCUGUUUGACCUGUCGUUGGGCGGAGCUCCUCAGCUCCUCCUGGAGGCGGAAAAGAGAGGAGGACAGAGGGACAGAGAGGAGGACACAGAGGAGAGGUGGAUGAAAAAGGAGGAGGAGGACGAGGAGGAAGAGUACCCCUGUAUGUUUGAGAGGGAAACCCUGUCUGACCACCUGAAAGUCCUCGUCUCCUGGAGACUGGUGGUGGAUCGUCUCUCUGUCCUGUUCCUGCGUCUCCUCCUCAAUGUGCAGCGCCUGCAGCACCUCCUCUGGUGGCUCUUGGAACUGCACAUCAUCAAGAUCGUGUCCUCCUACAUCAUCUGGGUCUCGGUGAAGGAGGUGUGUGUCUUUAACCUGCUGUUCGUGCUGUGUGUGGCCGUGGCUCUGCCCUGCAGGGCGUGGCGCCCCCUGCUUUCAGGAGUCUGUACAGUUUGGACCUGUGUGGUGACCGUCUGUAAAAUGUUGUACCAACUCAACGUCGUCCAGCCAAUGAGAUACUCAUCCAACUGUACCAUGCCAGGUAACUCCAGUAUCGACUUGUCUCGCUCUGUUCUGUACUCUGGUCCAGUUGACCCUGCCCAGUGGGUGGGGCUUCGAAAGACAGACGGAAAACUGCUCGACUACCUGCGGUAUAACCUGAUGAUGUUAGCACUGCUAGCCUUCGAGGUGACAGUGUACAGACACCAGGAACUCUACCGUCUCCGUCGCAACGAAGUCCCGCCCCCCACGAGAACACUGUUUCAUGACAUCACCAGGCGUCACCUUGACGACAGCGUGCUCAGCUGCAUUAAGUACUUCCUCAACUACUUCUUCUACAAGUUCGGACUGGAGACGUGUUUUCUGUUGGCCGUGAACGUGAUUGGUCAGCGGAUGGAUCUGUUUGCUGUAGGCCACGCCUUUGGCCUCAUCAGCGUCCUUUCACGUCGCAGCAGGAGGCACAUCGCCUCAGUGUGGCCCAAGUAUUGCUACUUCCUGUCGGGGCUGAUGUGUUUCCAGUACCUGCUCUGUAUCGGACUCCCUCCUGCUACCUGCACAGAUUAUCCCUGGAGACCUCCGUCCUCUAACGUGGACUCCAACGUGGUGAAGUGGCUCUUCCUCCCUGAUCACCUGACACCACCAAACCCACUCUUCCUCCUCUAUGACUUCAUGCUCCUCCUUGGGGCGUCUCUGCAGCUGCAGGUGUUUGAGGAGGAGCUUCAUUCGUCAGUACAGAUCCUCGCUGGAGACAACUGUGAGCUGGACGAGGAUGAAGGACAAGUCGCUGAUCCAAUCAGACAGCUUCGUCUCAACACAGGCCCUGACUUCAUGUUGUGCAGGUCUUACCUGGACAUGAUGAAGAUCAUCAUCUUCAGCUACAUGUUCUGGUUCGUCCUCACCAUCAUCUUCAUAACCGGGACGACCAGGAUCAGUAUCUUCUGUAUGGGUUACCUCGUGGCAUGUUUCUACUUCCUGUUGGUGGGCGGAGACUUGCUGCUGAAACCAGUCAAAUCCAUCCUGGUGUACUGGGACUGUUUGAUUGGCUAUAACGUGUUUGUCAUCACCAUGAAGAACAUUCUGUCGAUCCUGGCCUGUGGUUUCAUUAAGUCAUUGGUUUUGAAUCACUGCUGGCUGAUUCAGCUCUUCAGUCUGGCAUGCACCAUCAAAGGAUACACCAAACCGGAGCAACAGAGCAGUAAACAGUGCGAGUUGCCGAGCGACGAGGCGGGCAUCAUCUGGGAUGGGGUCUGUUUCUGUUUUCUGUUGCUGCAGAGGAGGGUCUUCAGGAGUCACUACUUCCUGUAUGUGGUCCUGGACCUGCAAAAUACACAACUGCUGGCCUCCAGGGGGGCGGAGCUCUUCGAGGCAUCCACAGUGAAAGCUGUCAGAGCGAGGCUGGAGGUGGAGAAGACGUCCAUGGACCUGCUGAAGAGACAGCGGUUCAAUCAGAACCUGGUGGCUCAGCUCUGGUAUUUUGUGAAGUGUGUUUACUUCGGUCUGUCGGCCUAUCAGAUUCGUUCUGGUUACCCGACACGAGUCUUGGGAAACUUCCUGACAAAGAGCUACAACUACCUCAACCUCUUCCUGUUCCAGGGUUUCCGACUCGUCCCCUUCCUGACGGAGCUGAGAGCAGUGAUGGACUGGGUGUGGACAGAUACCACUCUGUCUCUGUCCUCCUGGAUCUGUGUGGAGGACGUCUAUGCCCACUGCUUUGUCUUAAAGUGCUGGAGAGAGUCUGAGAAGAGGUACCCGCAGCCUCGCGGUCAGAAGAAGAAGCGUGUGGUGAAGUACGGGAUGGGCGGUCUCAUUGUUCUGCUGCUGAUCUGUAUUGUCUGGUUUCCGCUGCUCUUCAUGUCACUCAUUAAAUCUGUUGCCGGAGUCGUCAACCGACCACUCGACGUCUCUCUGACCAUCACGCUGGGAGGCUUCCAGCCAAUCUUCACGAUGAGCGCGCAGCAGAAUCAGCUCAAAGAUGUGACUGAGGAAGACUUUAGCUCCUUCAUCAGCUCCUACAGCUACACACCUAGUGCACUGCAGUUCCUGGAGGCGUAUGGUCAUGAGGACGUGACGGUGGCAGAGCUGCAGGGCAGCAGUAACUCUCUGUGGACCAUCAGUCCUCCCAGCAGGCAGUACCUGAGCCAGGUGCUUAACCUGGACCACUUCCCCCUGACUGUGUCCUGGACUGUUCAGAGGAACUUGAGUCUAGGGGCGAAGGCGGAGCUUGCUUCAGGUAAACAUGUGACCUACCUGGACGAUGAGACCCGUCUGGAGCUGAUCCAGCUGCUGAAUGGAACCAGGACACUUCCUGUGGUGAUACAGGAAGUGUUUCCAUGUUUCAUUCGAGCGCCGAGCGACUCCAACGCCAAACCCAUCGAACAGCUCUACACAGAUGGUCACUACAAAGACAUCCUGCUGGCCCUGGAGCGGUCAACCAAUGAGAGCAGAGAGAUCCAGGACUGGUGGAUCGUCGACCAACCGGCUGCCAGUCUGGUACCUAUUGGGGGCGGAGCUUCUCUGACUGACAUAAGGGAGGCGGGGCUUCAGCUGUUUGUGUUCAGUGAUAAAGUCAGUCCUCCGAGUCUUGGCUUCCUGGCUGGAUACGGCAUCAUGGGAUUGUACGCAUCAGUGGUUCUGGUCAUCGGGAAGUUUGUGCGUGAGUUCUUCAGUGGGAUCAGUCACUCCAUCAUGUUCGAGGAGCUGCCAUGUGUCGACCGAAUCCUCAAACUGUGCACCGACAUCUUCCUGGUGAGAGAGACAGGUGAGCUGGAGCUGGAGGAGGAGCUUUACGCCAAACUCAUCUUCCUGUAUCGAUCUCCGGAGACUCUGAUCAAAUGGACGCGCCGCUGACCCCACCCAUCGUCUUUAUGACCCGUGAUGAUGUCAGAGUCUGUGAUAUCAUCACUGAGCAUCGUGUUCUCCAGAUGUUCAACAGAGAACCUCCAGAGAACAUUCUCCAGAUGUUAAAAUGUCAGUGACAACAGGAGUGUUUACUGAACCUUAUGUUAAGAAACAGGAAACGUUACCUGUUUGCAGGUGCAGCGGGGAGGCGGAGCUAACCUUCUGAUGACCGGAGGACAGAGUAUUAUAUGAUUAUUGAUCAUUGAUGAUCAGUGACUGCAGGGAAACGUCUCAUGCUGGAAAACCUGGAAUUCUUCAUGGCACCUUCGAUGGAAAACAAACGACAGGCAGUCCUGAUGGUUGUUGGGAUUUUUAAACUUAAGUGAAGCCCCGCCCACUAUCAAAAUUCAGACCAUGUGAUUGGACGGUGUUGGUGAGACAUUCAGUGACAGGCGUUUGAACACGGGGACGCAGUCAUCACUGAUUUUUAUUUAUUUUACUUUAAUGUUUACAGGAAGAGUCUAAGUAUUUCUGUUACGUAAUGAUAGCUGUAAUUAGCACCAUGCUAGUUCUACAUCAGCCAUAAUUAUCCCUUUGUAGCUUUACCUUAGCUCUAUGUUAGCACAACAUUAGCUUUUUGUUAAAUGUAUUUAAUUCUGUUAGUUCAACAUUAGCUUUAUGUUAGUCAUAAUAAGCCGUGUCAGCUUUACGUUAGCUUUAAUUUGCUCUACGUUGUCUUUAUGUUAGCUUUAAUGAGCUCUAAGUUAGCUUUAUGUUAACUUUAAUUGGCUAUAUUUUAGAUUUAUGUUAGCUUUAAUGAGCUCUAAGUUAGCUUUAUGUUAGCUUUAAUUGGCUAUAUUUUAGAUUUAUGUUAGCUUUAAUGAGCUCUAAGUUAGCUUUAUGUUAGCUUUAAUUAGCUAUAUGUUAGCUUUAUCUUAGCUUUAAUUAGCUAUAUGUUAGCUUUAUCUUAGCUUUAAUUAGCUAAAUGUUAUGUUAUUUUUCUUGUGGUUGAUAGAGGUGGGUGGAUCUUUACCUAAAAUACUGGAACAUAUUGAUACACACUGAUGCUAGAAUACUAUGUUCCAAAUGCCAAGUGUUGAGUAUCAAUAACAGCUUCAAACAGAUACCAUUGUUUUCAUUAGCACUAGGUCUGUGUAAGGUCUACUUAGCACUACAUUAGCUUUAUGUGACUUCCAUGGUAGCAGUACUGUAUAAAAAGUAUUGUAUAUUAGCUCUAUACUGGCUCUGUGUCAGCUUUCACUAGGCCUACAUUAGCUCCAUGCUACAUAAGCUAAAGAUCAGCUCUUCAUUGCCUUUAGUAAGAUCUAUUAGCCCUAUAUUAGCUUUAUGUCAGUUGUGUGUUAGCUCUAUAUUGGCUCUGUGUCAGCUUCAAUUAGUACUAAAUUAGCUACGUCAGCUAAACAUCAGCUCUUCGUUAGCUUCAUGGAAGGUCAGUUGUGUGUUAGCCCUACAUCACCUGUAGAUCAGCACUACGUCAGCUCUAUGCUGCUUCUGUAUCAACUUUUACCUAGCACUAGAAUAGCUCCAUGCUAGGUCAAUAUCAGCUUUACGCUAGCAUUUUAAGGCCUGCUUAGCCCUCUGUUAGCUUUUUAUUAGCUCUAGGUAUGUGAGCUGUAUUUUAGUGAUGCCGCCCUCAAGCUAACAGUAGAGAGAGUGAGCUGUCAAUCAAGGCCAGUGAGGGCACGACAACCAAUCAGUGAAGAGAAGUGACAGCAGCUGUUCAUCCAGUCACAGCGUGACUCUGGGCUCAUUGAAUCCACGGCCCCCCCUCCUGACAGGAAGCAGGAAGUCAGUGGAAGUAACUGUCAGAUGGUGAUGUAAUCAGUGUUGUGUGACUGAUAAUAACCUUGGUGUUUCCUGUGAACGUUUGAAACGUGAAAAUAAAAAAGUGACAGUCAGUCGUCUGUGGGACGUUUUUAUUUCACAUGACGUACUGUAUAAUUUUUUACUCAGAUAUUACACAGGGAAACGCACAUAUUUCGCGGACUUUGAACGGUGUAAAAUGCCGUGGAAGGCUGAACACGCAGAGGACUUCUGGCUCAUUUCUCACUAGCCGGCGUCUCUUGCCAUACUGCCAGGAGCAGCAUAAUGUAGGGGCCGUCUAACUGGGCUCAGCUGAUUGGAGCCAUCCCACUGGCCGAUAGCACCGAUGGGUGUGUCUGGAGGUGAGCAAGCCAUCAGCUAAUAACCACCGUCUUAUUAACAAAUAUAUUAAAAAAUAUACAGGAUCACCACAGUACACACAAUACUAUAUUAUCAUCUUUUUUUAAUGUGACUUGACACACUGAGCCGCGGCGUCCGUCACUUCUCUGACAUACUGUACUGAGACUUAUUUCAGCUUCA